CAAUUCCCGCCGCCAUGAAACCCUCGAAUACGUCGGAAUCCACGUCUACGAGCUCCGGCGCGUCCUCCUCCACUCCCGCGCUUGCUAGCCACGGUCUUCGCUCUCAACUGGGCCACCUCAUCCCCAAGCAUGCCCUCUUCCAAGUCCACCUUGAAAUCGACCAGCUCUCCAAUGUCCCACUCAUCAAGGGCGAGUUCGGUGUCCGAUGGAAGUUCAAGGGCGUCCAGUCUGGUUCUGGUUUACUGGGCAAGAUGAAAGGAGGCACCGGGACGUGGUCAGGGCAUGGUAAAGGGAAGGGCAGGGCGGCGGGGACGGGACAAGGGGUGGGCGUCACAGAGGAGGGUGAGCUCUAUGAUGAGGAUGAGAGCGCACACGAUAGCAUGCACGAUACCAUCGAGGACGACCUUUACGCCGACACGGCCGAAUCGCCCAGGAGCACCCACAGUCACGACGCCCACCAUGCCUUUGAGUCGUUGCGCGGCCCAGACGAUUCGACGCCACGCGUGAAUGGCCAUAGCACAUCAAGUCGCCCAACGGAGCACCCAGCCCCUAUGGUCCGGAAUUUGUCUGCGAUGUCCCUGCAGUCACGGUCAGAAGCACGCGGCAUGACUCCGUGGGCGCAGCUGCAGAACUACAACGUGAAGUGGAAUCAUUCCGUGAUCGUGGUAGUCCAGAUGGACGUGCAUCGCGAAACGGGUGACCUGCUACCCAACGAGCUUAAGCUCGUAGUCAUGCAGCGCGUCGUGCACGGCGAUCCGGAUGCGCCCCAACAUCCUCGCCUCGGAGUGGUGUAUCUGAACCUCGCUGAAUACGCGGACGCUGGUAAAGUUACUCGGCGAUAUCUCCUCCGCCAGAGCAAAACCAAUGCGACGCUGAAGCUUUCUAUCGAGUUAGAACACAUCGGCGGCGAGAAGCAUUACAAGCCGCCACCGCUCCGCAAAGGAGAGAUUCUCGCCUCUGUGUCAGGCAUCCUUUCAAAUAACGGGCUGUUCAACACGCGCUUCGCCCGCGAGCUCGACCUGUAUGUCGGUGCGGAUAACCCUGAGGAUGACAGCUCGUUCCCGUACUCCGACAAAGAAGGGCAUGUCCAAGCCGACCGUCUAGCAACAUCCUACGGACUGCGUACGACCGAGCACCUGAUCGAGGCGCUCUUCAACCCCGUCCCGAGCGACUCCACGGACCAGACGCCGUUCACGUACUACGCCCCUCCCACGUCCCCGCAGCAUGAGCGGACAGAGUCUCCCCAGCCCUCUGACGACGCGGCGAACGAGUCGUCGGGGGAUGGAGUGGACGGCCGCAGGUCUGUCGACAGUAGCGUCGGCAGCGGGAGCUUCGUCGGGAGCACGAGCGAGCACUCGAGCUUUGACCCGGGCAUGGCCGCAGAGGCGUCGACGAUAAACUCGAAUCGCCACUGGUGGCAGAAGAUGCGAAGCGGGAGUCGACCCGGGACGCCGACGGCGUCGAAGACGAGCUUCCGGCCGAGCGCGCCUGCCCCGCCUGUGCCUGUUCGAGGCGGAUGACGAUCGCUCCCGGCACAUCCUUGGUCUGCGGCCGUCCGUUUCGUGCCCGCUGCCCGCUCCCGCUACGGCGAUAUUUCGGCCAUAUCGGUGCUGAGCGUUGCUGUUGUCUGCAUAUGUGGAUACUCACGGACGUUGUUCUGACGACCCUCGUUCUCGACUACUCACACCUUCCAUCGCCGCUACACCUUCAUGAUUGUAACGACUUCUUCGCUUUUCCUUGGUUAUCGUCCACGUUUGUGAACACUCCUUCUGAUGGCUUCCUAUACUUCAUGUCCUAGACUACCAGAACUCGGUCGCCACACCGGCCACCUGCACUCGGAUACAACACGGUAAUUUAUGUGCUCAUUAACUCGUGGGCGGAGGCACUUAGCCCCCGCCUGACCUAUCAUCCACCUCUCUCUCGUCCUUGCCUUCGUUCCUCGUCUUCUCGUCUUCUCGGGUAUAUCAUAGGAUGCACACAUACAUCAGCCGUCAUAGCUAUCGGCCAGGUACACUUACAAUUCACGUCUCCAGCGCCGUAUUAAUGCAUAAUCGGUAGUCCCUACCGCCGCCGCCUUGCGCAUACAGCACAAUGUAUGCAUAUUC